GGGGAAAGGGAGGUUCUAACCCGCCCUUGGCCCCAUCAACCCCCAGGGGGCCACGACCAGAGCCAGAGCGUCAGAGGCCAGCAGCUUUGGAGGGCGUCGAACAGGAAGGUCUAAAGGUGACCCUUCCUCGUUGGCCAGAGGGGGCCCUGCUCAGGCAUAAAUAGGCUGCUCGAGCUGUCCGGCUCACAGACGGCCGCUGAGCAGUUAUCCGCUGCCAUUCCUCUGCUAGCCAGCACAGGUGCCCCGCAGCCCCCAGCCUGCUACCCCUGCUCCUGCCCGCAGCUAUCCUGAGAAAAUGGAAAGUUUGAUGCGUGUCUGCCGCUCCUGUAGAGCUGUGGGGACCCUCCUCCUGACAGUUUUGAGUUGGAGCAGCUGCUUGCCAAUGGGGGAGGAAGCCGUUUGCACAGCCCCCGGGCUGGGGAGGUACAGUAUCACUUUUACUGGGAAAUGGAGCCAGACAGCCUUCCCCAAGCAGUACCCUCUCUUCAGACCCCCUGCACAGUGGUCCUCUUUACUAGGUGCAACACACAGCUCUGACUAUAGUAUGUGGAAGAAGGAUGAGUAUGCCACCAAUGGGGUUCGAGAUUUUGCUGAAAAGGGCGAAGCGUGGGAACUGAUGAAGGAAAUCGAGGCAGCCGGUGAGAAAAUUCAGAGUGUGCACAGUGUUUUCUCAGCCUCAGCAAUCCCCAGUGGCACAGGACAGACCUCCACUCAGUUAGAAGCACAUUCAAGGCAUUCACUAGUGUCUUUCUUAGUGCGGAUUGUCCCCAGUCCUGACUGGUUUGUCGGAGUUGAUAGUGUCAAUCUCUGUGAAGGAAAUCGAUGGAAAGAACAAGUCACCAUGGACCUUUUCCCCUAUGAUGCUGGGACAGACAGUGGCUUCACAUUCUCCUCCCCCAACUUCGCCACCAUCCCUCAGGACACGGUGAAAGAGAUAACAUCAUCCUCUCCAAGCCACCCUGCAAACUCCUUCUAUUACCCCAGGCUGAAAUCUCUGCCUCCCAUUGCCCGAGUGACCAUGGUGAGAAUCAAGAAGAGGCAGCGGGUCUUUGUCCCCACUCCUCCAGCUGUAGUCCGCAUGGGGAAUGAGAUCGAAGAUGCCCUAUCAGAAACACCUCUGGACUGUGAGGUCUCCCUGUGGUCUUCCUGGGGUCUCUGCACAGGUCCAUGUGGAAAGACAGGAGCCAAGAGCCGCACUCGCUACGUCCGUCUGCAGCCAGCCAAUAACGGGACCCCCUGCCCAGCCCUGGAAGAGGAGACGGCGUGUGAACCUGACAACUGUAUCUAAGGACCAUGGAGUAGCCCCCCAGCCAAGUGCCCAGAGCACUUCUGAUUAAUCAAGCUGGGCUGGAGGCAGAAGCUGGCAGAAAAGUCAGUCCUGGGAAAUUCAGGCAUUGGCCUUGGCCUGUCAUGGGACAUUAUCUAUCCAGCAACCCUUUGUUCAGCCUGGGUGACCAGUUGUGUGAGAUGUUUCUGUUAAAUGCCUAAACAUUCAUGCAGCAUUCAGACUUGGGUUGAGAGACUCAUAGCCCAAAUAAUCUCUGCCAAUAUGGUAGAAGUGCUCACAGUACCCUCUAGUGACAGAAUGGGAGAGUUCUUUCUGAAUGAAUUGGAUUCCCUUCUGAAAACCGAUUGUAUCCUCCAAUGCUGGCACGCUCACCCCAUCAUCUUCUCUUUUUCCCAAUCUCCCCCUUAGUAACAGAUUCUGGAAAAACAUAACAUUUGGAGGAACCGUGUGACAAGGGGCUGUGGUAUGUUCCAUCAUUUCAAGGAUCCAUAAUUUCUUCCAUGAGGUCAGUCCCUCCACUGAGGCAGAUUACUACCCCUCCUCUUACUUACUUUAGUAAGUAGUUAGUAAGGCUCACAGAUUUAGAGCUUGGAGAGCAUCUUAGAAGUCAUCUAAUCUAACCCCCUCAUUUUAUAGAAGUUAAAUUACACAGGUAUUAAGUGAUGGAGCCAGGAGUUAAACCCACGUCCUUUGGCCCCAUAUCCUGUACUAUUUCCACUGAUGGCAUCACACUGUCUCUUCUCUAUUUUUAUGUUACUGUCACACACAAACAAAUCACCUGGCCAGUCAUAUGGAGAUGUACCCUUCCUCCCUUGGCUACCCUAGUUUAUGAGCAAUGGAUACACCAUCUUUUCCCCAAUUCAUACUUUCUAGCUCGGCAGACUAUUUGGGAGUUUUUGCUUUGCUGAUAUGACCUUCCAGAGCCCAGGGCUACCUCUGCCAACCAUGGGAUCCCUCAAGGAAGUCUUCAGUGAAGGUUAACAUUGUCCUAAUGGUCACUUAAUGAUUGGCUAAUGAAAAUCACAAUAGUGUUUCUCUAAGUUACAAUGGGGUUUGGCCAUCAUAUAUUAAUAGUAUUGAUCAGAGUUAUAAUGUUACAUGGGUAUGUCUGAAUUUGAAUCAGUUCCUCCAGAGAGUUUAUUUAUAUACAUUUGAGACUAAUGAUGUUGAUGUCCUGGUUUAUGAUUUUUUUUUUUACUAAUUUAUUAGCUUUAAGCAACCUUUACGUGGCCUUUUUUUUCCUUGUAAAUUUAGAAAAAGAAUGCUUCCCAGGAACCAUUAGGUCUCAGAGGAGUAGAAAUGAGGGAGGGUAGAGAAUUCAUAGGUCAGUGGGACCCUAGGUUGCCCCUCCAGGCAAAUGCCCCCAUUUGUCCCCAGGUUGAAGUAAUCCAGCUGCCAGCACCUGAAACGUGUUUGUAGUUGGGAUUCUAGCUGGUUUUGUUCCCGUGGUUUUGUCAGAAUACCAGCUGCACAGGGUCAAAACAAUGGACAAUACGAGUAGGCGAUCUGGAAAAAUUAACCUCAUUUUUUUUAAUGUUACCAAUCUUUUUGCACAUAAAUAAAAUGUCUAUGUUUCUUCACAAA